AUUCUCUUUUUGGUAAUAUUUAUGUUUUAUUCACAUUGGACAUUAAAAAUAAAAAUAUCUUCUCCCUAAAUCUCACCUACUCUCCUUCGUCAGCUCCAAUUUUCGCCAAUAUUUAUUUCUUACAGAUCUGAAGAGCCGAUUCCUAUUAAUUGACUAAAAGUGUUGAAGUUAUAGGCAAUUUAUAUCUCGUCUGAAGAUACAAUGGCAUCGCCAUCAGAUCACAAGGCUACCAUCAUUGACGGUAAAGCAAUUGCUCAAACUAUUCGUUCUGAGAUUGCUUCUGAAGUCCAACGUCUUUCAGAAAAGUAUGGCAAGGUCCCCGGGUUGGCAGUUGUCAUUGUAGGAAAUAGGAAGGAUUCACAAAGUUACGUGAAUAUGAAGAGAAAAUCUUGUGCGGAGCUGUGCAUUAAGUCUUUUGAUAUUGACCUCCCAGAGGAUGUAGCUGAAGCUGAGGUGAUUAGCAAGGUCCAUGAGCUAAAUGCUAAUCCUGAUGUACAUGGUAUACUGGUACAGCUUCCGUUACCAAAACAUAUUAAUGAAGAGAAAGUUCUAUGUGAAAUCAGUCUGGAAAAGGAUGUAGAUGGCUUUCAUCCUCUGAAUAUUGGCAAGCUUGCAAUGAAAGGCAGACAACCUUUGUUCAACCCUUGCACGCCCAAGGGAUGCAUUGAGCUUUUAGUCCGAAGUGGGAUAAGCAUAAAGGGGAAGAACGCAGUUGUGGUUGGUCGAAGCAACAUUGUUGGAUUACCAGUAUCUCUUCUUCUUCUGAAGGAAGACGCCACUGUUACUGUAGUCCAUUCACGCACCAAAGAACCAGAGAAAAUCAUUCGUGAAGCAGACAUUAUCAUUGCUGCCGCAGGACAGGCUAUGAUGAUCAAAGGCAGCUGGAUCAAACCUGGUGCUGCAGUAAUUGAUGUUGGAACAAAUGCUGUAGAUGAUCCUACAAGGAAGUCAGGUUAUAGGCUCGUUGGAGAUGUCGAUUUUCAGGAAGCAUGUAAGGUGGCUGGCUGGAUAACUCCAGUUCCGGGAGGCGUUGGACCAAUGACUGUUGCAAUGCUUCUGAAGAAUACAUUGGAUGGAGCUAAACGAGUUAUCGAGAAGUAAACACUUCAUUGGCUCUGUAGACCACAAUAAGGUAUGUCAAGGCUUCUUAGCUAAUUGACAAAUACAUUUAGAAAUGACAAAAAUUACAAUGAGAUUGUUCUUGUGAUAUGGAAUUUCAUGUCGAAAGUUUUACAACCACUCGCUUAUUAUGCAUUCAUCAAAUAUAUUAUCGAAUAUCACUGUUUAUACUA